GCACUUUCAGUUGCGUUUCGAUCGUCAACUCGGCCGGUAGUGCUUCCCUCUAAAGUUGGUAAUCCUCCCCCCCUUUCCUCAGUCAAGAACUGAUUUAAGGCUUAACCACAUUGUUGUUUGUGAGUAAUGUUUGAAAAGGCAGGACGACGGUGGUCCCUUUCCCAGCCCAGCCCGGUUGCGACGACGUGCAUUUAAGGUAUCCUCCUCCCCAUGCGUUCCAAUUUGCGGUUAGAAGAAGUCAGCGAACGUGCGAUGUGAAACAGUCGUUGUCGAGGGCCGUCCGUAACAGAACGACAGAUACAGUGAUCGUGGUGCCGGUGGUAAUUCGGUAAUUCGAUAGCCAAGGUAGCAAAAGAAAAAAAAAACAAGUGCAAUUUUCAUUUCGGCGAGCCGAGCCGUCGACUCUCUUCGAAUGUGAAAACAUUGCUAGCUAGCAGCCCAAAAGAACCAGUGAAGCCCAAAAAAAGUGUCCCAUAGGCGCAUUGGCCAAAAUAAUCAUUUUUGCAGAAGACAAGUGAGUGAGAUCGAUCGAUAUACGCGCAGAGGUGUGUAGUAAGUGGCCAAACCCAGUUAAGUGCCAGUUGUGGACGCAUACACGGAAUCGAUUGGCAAAGCCGCAAACGUGUAGUCUUGGGAAGAUGAUUGGAUUACCAGUGGCGACGAAGAAAACGACGACUGCGAAUACGACCUGGGAUCAGCAUCUGAAGCAGCAACAGUAUCAUUAGCGGAACGGAAUUGAAAUCCGGUGGUCCAUCCGAGUGUGAGGAGGAAUUUCGCCCUCAUACAGAUUUGUAACGUGAUAGAUUUGAGAGGAAUUUUCCCGAAAACCAGCGAGAGCAAAAAAAACGAGUAGCAAAAGACACGCAGAUAAGCCGGAAAUCAUGACAAUUAAUACGGACGACCAGUAUGCUGAUAAUGAAAGCAAGAGUAACAUCACAUCAAGGCGCUACAGCUCCAGCAGCUACCCGGAACCGGACGACGGCAUCAACCAUGCCGCGACGGACGACAAAGCCACCCUCAUCCAGGUGUGGAAACCGAAGAACUACGGCUCGGUCAAGGGCCAGAUUCCGCAGCACGAUCGGCUGACGUACACGUGGAAGGAGAUCGACGUGUUUGGCGAGAUGCCGGGCGACUCGAAGAAGGAAUCGAUCUGCAACCGGCUGUGUUCGUGCUUUUCCCGCCAGAAGAAGGACUUUAACCCGCGGAAACACCUGCUGAAGAACGUGACCGGCAUGGCCAAGAGCGGCGAACUGUUGGCCGUGAUGGGCAGUUCCGGUGCGGGCAAGACCACCCUGUUGAACGCGCUGUCCUUCAGAUCACCGCCGGGGGUGAAGAUAGCGCCCACGUCGGUGCGUGCCCUCAACGGAAUUCCGGUCAACGCCGAGCAGCUUCGGGCCCGGUGUGCGUACGUGCAGCAGGACGACCUGUUCAUAGCCGCACUCACCACCAAGGAACAUCUGAUCUUCCAGGCGAUGCUCCGAAUGGGCAGAAAUGUCCCCAAAAGCGUCAAGAUGAACCGCGUCAACGAAGUGCUACAGGAGCUGUCCCUGACCAAGUGUGCGGACACGGUCAUCGGAGCGCCAGGACGGAUCAAGGGUCUGUCGGGUGGGGAGAGGAAACGUCUGGCGUUCGCGUCGGAAACACUCACCGAUCCGCAUCUGCUGCUGUGCGACGAGCCCACGUCCGGACUGGACUCGUUCAUGGCGCACAGCGUGCUGCAGGUGCUGAAGGGAAUGGCCAUGAAGGGCAAGACGAUCAUUCUGACCAUCCAUCAGCCCUCGUCCGAACUGUACUGCCUGUUCGACAAGAUACUGCUGAUGGCGGAGGGUCGGGUGGCGUUUUUGGGUUCGCCGUACCAGGCGGCGGAGUUUUUCUCGCAACUCGGCAUCCCCUGCCCGCCCAACUACAACCCGGCUGACUUUUACGUGCAGAUGCUGGCGAUCGCCCCGAACAAGGAGUCCGAGUGCCGGGACACGAUCAAGAAGAUCUGCGACUCGUUCGCGACCAGCCCGAUCGCGCGCGAGGUCGCCGAGGUGGCCGCCACGGGCAAGAACGUCGAGGAGCACUACUUCCUGCAGCCGAUGGAGGGCGUCAGCCGGACCGGCUAUCGGUCCUCGUGGUGGACCCAGUUCUACUACGUGCUGUGGCGCUCGUGGUUGACCGUGCUCAAGGAUCCGAUGCUGGUCAAGGUGCGCCUGCUGCAGACGGCGAUGGUGGCCACCCUGAUCGGUGCGAUCUACUUUGGCCAGCAGCUCGACCAGGACGGCGUGAUGAACAUCAACGGAGCGCUGUUCCUCUUCCUGACCAACAUGACCUUCCAGAACGUGUUUGCCGUGAUCAACGUGUUCUCCGCGGAGCUGCCGGUGUUUUUGCGAGAAAAGCGGUCCCGGCUGUUCCGGGUCGACACGUACUUCUUGGGGAAAACCAUCGCCGAAAUGCCACUCUUCAUAGCGGUGCCGUUCGUGUUCACCUCGAUCACCUAUCCGAUGAUUGGACUCAAGUCAGGUUACGUCCACUAUUUGAUUGCUCUCUCCGUCGUGACGCUGGUGGCCAACGUAGCGACUUCAUUUGGCUAUCUCAUCUCCUGCGCCAGCUCGUCCAUUUCGAUGGCCCUCUCGGUCGGACCGCCGGUAAUCAUCCCCUUCCUGAUCUUCGGCGGGUUCUUCCUCAACUCGGCCUCCGUUCCGGCCUACUUCCACUAUCUGUCGUACUUUUCGUGGUUCCGUUACGCCAACGAGGCGCUGCUCAUCAACCAGUGGAGCACGAUCGAGGAGGGCGAAAUCGCGUGCACCCGGAUGAACGUCACCUGUCCCAGCUCGGGCCAGAUCAUCCUGGAGACGUACAACUUCCGCGAGGAGGACUUUGCGUUCGACAUCGGCUGUCUGUGCGUGCUGAUUGUGCUGUUCCGGCUGGGGGCGCUGUUCUGUCUGUGGUUGCGCUCGCGAAGCAAGGAGUAAUUUUGUGGGAUUUUGCUUAAGGCUUAAGGGGAAUGCU